AUGAUCAACUCUUCAUUAAAUUCUGAAAUGGACGAUUUUGAUGAUAAUGGAAAUAGGCUUGUCCGACGUAAAUGGUGCCCAUGGUCUUCAUGGAGUCCGUGCUCUCCAACUAAGUGCUUCAAAGGCUUUGUAAACAAGAAUCCUUCAUAUUGGUCGAACCGUGAAGAAUUCCAUAUCGUUGAUGACACACAGAUUACAAACUGUGUUCUACUACCAAAAAAUAAUACCAAAAAACCUAGUCGAGCAUAUGUACGACAGACAAUACAAGGUCAACAUAAAAUUCUUGUUCCUGAAAAACAACGUUUUCGUACCUGUGAUUGUCAGUCAGUUUCCUUACUGAAUGUAUUCCGUUUGGUUAGUCGGCAUGAAUGUUUUCCUGGUGAUACAGUAUUCGAAUGCAGUGAAUGUGAAUCAAAUGAAAAAAUACAUUUGAAUCGUGAUAACAGUGAUUCUGAUGCCAAUCUAAUUCCAUAUUGUUCAUAUGAACAAUCUAAUUUUCAAUUGUAUAAAAUAUUAGGUGGAAUUAUUGGAGCAAUUGGAAUUAUAUGUUUACUAGUAUGUUUAAUACGUUUCUUAGUUAAACAAAUCUGUGGCAAUCAACGGAUAAAUAAUCGAACUUCUUGUGGUGGUAGUGGUGGUGGUUCUGGCGCUAGUACAAAUACUAAUGAUGAUGCUACAGAAUAUUUGCAUAAUGAUUAUAGCACAAGUGUAUAUCCUGUUGGUUUUGGAACCUUAGAUUUACCCCCUGCAUAUACAGAUGUUGUAAAACUAUCUGCAAUUGAAACCGAGUCUAACAACAACAACAAUAAUAAUAAUAACUCAGCAAUACCGGAUGCAUUUCGUUUUAAUUUAUCACUAAAUGAACAAAUCACAAAUCCUUCUUUUUUAUCUAAAUCAUCGUCAAAUCAAACUGGUCGAUUCAAUUCUACAUUGUACACUAGUGAACAAAAUGCUACAUCAAGUCAAAUUUUAAAUGUAAAAUCAUCGAAUACAACACCACCUCCACCUAGUUAUGAAGAGAUUGUCGCAGCGACAAAUGCAAUGAAGACAAAUCGUGAAAAUAAUGAUUCAAUUAUGUCAGGGAAUGAAAUGAAUAUUGCUCAAGUUAGUCUUCAAACAGAAGAUAUCGUUACUACUACUACUAAUAAUAAUAAUAAUAAUAAUACGAUUACAACUUAUAGUGGUAGUAAUUUGAUUACUGAACGAACUGAGACGAAUUCCUCGUAA